AUGGAGCCUGUUAUGUAAGAGAUAAUGGCUGAAGUGAAUGGCCGUUAUAAUUUAAGUAACAUUUUGGAUGUGUUAGACAAAUUAAGAAGUAAUAAUUUAUUACUAAAUUAAGGAGCAAAAAGAAUUGAUAUUGAUAUGUAUGACAAAGUUUAUAAACAAAUCAUAACAGAAUCAAGAAAUGAUGGUGAUAAAUGGUAUUAAAGAUACAUACCAUUAAAACCAAAAUAACUAAAAGAAUUAAAUAGUCUAAACUUCUCUUUUGAUGUAAAAACCUCCUGUGAUGAAAAUAACCCAAAUCAAACUAAUAGAAUCUAAUCUAGUAAACUUGACAAAGUUUUAAAAUUUACUAGUCCUACUACAUUUGCAUCUCCUCCAACCUUUGAGACUAGAGGAUCAAAAUUAACAGAUUUUUAAUCUGAUUACCAAAAAGAGUAAUUAUAUCAAUUAUAAACUAGAUUAACCAAUCAAAUCUUAUAUUAAAUUUCUGAUGGAAAGAGACGAUCUGCUCAAAGUGACUAUAUAAAAUCAGAUAAACAACAUAAAACAAAUAGAACUAUCUCUUCUUUCAAUAUCAACUCAUUAUAAUAACUUAUAUCUGUAUUACAAAGAAAAAUUAUGCAACAUUAUAGACUUGCCUUUAAUAAAAUUAUUUAUCUUUAUAAUGAACCUGUAAAAUUAUUAUAAGAUGUUGAAAUUUAAGCAGAACCAUCAAAAGUUGCUAAAUUUAGUUUGAAAGAUUCUUUUUAAAUUGAAAAAGAAAUACAAUAAUUUUAAGAAAAUUAAAUACUUAAAAUAUUAUUCCAUCAUUUUGAUAAUUUAGUAAUAUUAUGAAAUGAUAUUUAGAAACAAUAUUGGUUGAAGAAAAAGAGAAUUAAAAAUUCCAGAAAUCAAGUAUUAUUAAUGAGAAAACAUAACUAUCUUUGGAGAACAUUUAACAAAUUGAGAAAAUAUUCCAUUAAACAUAAAUAAAAUAGAUUAAAAAAGAUAUAAGCAGAUCACUUUUAUAGUCUUAAUUAAUUAAGAAUAUAUUUUGAAAAAAUGAUCAAUUUUCAUUUAAAAUAAUAAACUAAAAAUUCUAAAUAAAAAAUAAGUUCAGGUUUAAUUCAAUUAAGAAAUAAAGAAAUAUUAAGAACUUGUUUUACAAAAUUUAUAUAAUAUUAUCAAUAUCGUAGAAAUAAACAUUAAAAUAAUUUAUUAGCUUAUGGCUUAUAUCAAUAAAAAUUAUAAAAACAGUAUUUUACAUUAUGGAAUAACUUAGUGAUGAAUUAAUAAAAACGAGAAACAAAUUAAAUUAUUAUGAAAAAAUGCUUAAAAAAAUGGAAAUAAUAUCUCUAACUUAAGGAUUUCAAUAGAAAAAGAAAAUAAACAGCUGAUAAUUUAUUAAUCUGGUAAAACAAAAGAAAAAUUCUCAAAAUAUUAAAAGGUUAUCAUAUUAUAAUCCAAAAUAACAACAAUUAUAAUAAAUAAUUGUAUGAUGUUUACUUAUUCUAAUUAUUAAGAAAAGGGUUUAAAGGAUUUGCAAUUAAUAUCUAAAUUAAAGAGAAGAAAAAAGAGUAAUAAUUUAUUUAAUUAAGAUAAUAUCAGCAGAUUGGGCGAUUUUUAUAAAUACUUUAUAUAAGCAAACCAUUUAAUAUAUUACAAUAAUAUACAAAAGAAUAAAAAAUGAAAAAAGAAUUACAUUCAAAAGCUAGAGCAAUUUAUAGAGUAAAUAAAUUAAGAAGGUAAAUAAUAUAUAUAUUUUAAGAUUAACUAAUUUUUGGUUGAAAUGGGCAUAAGAAAAGAAAUUCCACAGAAAAUAAGACAUUUAUAAUAUCCCAUAAAUCAAAUAAUUUUAAAUUUACUUAUAUUUUAAUAAAUAUAGACUGGCAUUUUAAAGAUCAUUAUGGUUAAAAAACUUAGUUAGAAUAAUGAGAUCUAAAUAUUAGAAAGAUUUUAUAAAAGAACUCAAAGUAAAAAUGAUUCUAUCAACUAGUUAAAUAAUAUUAGAUUUAAAUAGGAGAAUAAAUACCCUCUAAAACUUAAACAAAAAGUUAUAAGCGGAUUAAGAAUCAAUCUGAUUAAUCAUUUAAAAAAGUAGUAGUUUUAUAAAUAAUUGCUAUCACUUCAUUAACAUAACAUAUUAAAACAUAUUUUUGAUUAUAUGAAAGUAAGAGGAAAUAAUUAUAGAUAAAAAUUGAUGUAAUUAUAAUAUGUAUAUAAAUAGAAAUAAAAGAAGUGUAUAAAGAAGUUUAUUCGGAAAAUAUGUGGCAGGACCAUUUUAUUUUUGGCUUAAUUACAGUUAAAAGCAUUCUUACAAAAGAAAUAUUCGAAACAAUUUUGACAAAUUACAUAUUAUUAAGGUUUAUUAAAAGUAAAAUUGGUUUUUACAUUAGAGUAUUUAAAACUCUGAAUGAUUAUAAAUGGAAAAAGAAAAUUUAAAAUGUCUAAGAUUCAAAAAAUAUUCCAAUUAUUAUUCAAAAAUAAAAGUUGAGAUUUUUUAAAUUUUGGAAUGCAAAGAGAUUGUCAAAAGGAAGAAUUGAAAGCUUUUGCAUUAGUUUUAUGAAUCUAUAAUAAAGAAUAUUUUUUAAACAUAUGCAAGUAAUUAAAAAUUUUUAUUUAGUUAAUCAAAGUUAGAGAUUUUUAAAAGAAAAAAUAUAUGGCCUAAGGUAGAAUUUUUUAUUUAAUGAAAUUUGCAUUCAAUUAAUUAAAUAAAUAUAAAAUGUAAUUAAUAAUAGUCUAUUUAUUAGAAAAAAACUUAAAUACAGAAAUAAUACAGAAAUAAUAAAAAAAAGAUAAUUAUAUCAUCUUAAAUAAAAUAGUUUUAAACACAUGAGAAAAUUAUUUACUUUUGAAUAAAAUGUAGCAUAUCUUACAGCAAUUACUGUUUUGCAGAUAAAAAAGAAUUUAUUAUAAAAAUACUUCAAAGGUUUUAAAGAGCUUAUAGUUAAUAAGAAAAGACCCAGAGAUUAAAUUAUGAAAAUGAAUAAAUUAAGAAAAUGUUUUGCAGGAUGGAAAGUGUUUACUAGUAAAUAAUAAGGAACUAAACUUAUAGUUUAAGCAAUUUAUGACAUAUAAAAAGAUUAAAAAUCGAAAUUUUUUAGAAAAUUAUGCUCAAAUAAUAGAAUUAAAAAUGCAAAUAUGUAUUACAAUCAAAAUUUAAUUUAAAAAGUGCUUAAUUAUUGGUUUGAUUCAACUUAAUCAUCUUAAAAAACUAUAUAUCUAACAACAAUUUUGAAUAAGUUGAUAUUUAAACAAUUAAAAAAAUAAUUUUAAAAGCUUUUAUUAAAAAAUAAAAGUAUUUAAGUUUAUGAAAACUCAAUAAAUUUAAUAAAAAGAAAAAUGUUGAAAAUAUGGAAAUUAAAACUUUAAAAAUUAAAGAAAUUUUAACGUUUUCUAUUUCAAAUAAUUAAUAAUAGAAAGGAAAAUAUGAUCUUCUCAUUCUAAGCGAUAAAAGAUAACAGCAAAGAAAUUGAAAUUAAAAAUUAAUAAAGUUUUUAAUUGUUAUUUUAACACUUUUAAAAAUGGAAAAAAAUAUAUCAAAAAUCUAAUUCAUUAAAAAGAAUUAUAUUUUCUAUUUAAAUAGCAUUAAAGAAAACCAAAAUUUGUGUUUUUAAUAGAAUGAAGAAAAUAAAUCAAGAUUAGAAAAUUGUGAUUUAAUGUUCCAAAUUACAAAAAAAAAGGAUUUUUCAUACGUGGUUAAAAAAAAUACAUUAAAUAGAAGGUUUCAAUAAACUUCAAAUUAUUUUUAAAAAAAAAGAGAUGGAAUAAUUUAAUAAUUAGGCUAAAAAAUUAUUUGGUAUAAAUCAAUAAUUUACAUUAAAUUCUAUUUUCAGUAGAAAAACAUUAUCUAAAAUAUUUUUAAGAUGGAAUUAUUUAUCAAAAAUGAAUCAAAAAUUAAUAUUGUUUGAAUCUAAGCUUGAAAAUAUUUUUAAAAAUAAAAUAUACUAUUAGCAUUGUUAGAGCGUUUUAUUUUAUCAUUUAUAAAGUUAUUAGAUAAAAUAACUAAAAGGGGAAUUUGCUUUGAAAACUUUUAAUAAAUUAGUGUAACAUAAAUAAAAUGCAGUUUUUGGAUAAUUAUAAUAAGAUUCAAUUUAUUAUAAUUAUCUUGACUAAAAGAAUAUUCGAAAAUAAAUAAUUUGUUUUACUUUAUGGGCAAAAUUAACAAAUGAAUCAGUUGCAUAUAAAUUUAUUUCUAAAUCCUUAGGAGAAAUAUUUAAAAGAAAUAUGUAUUACAACCUGAAAAUAAUAAAAUAAUUUGGUGAUAAAAACUAAAUAAUAUUAAAAAAAAUAGAUGAUAAAAAAAGAAAGAAGGUUUUAUUAUAUUGGUUUUUAUAAUGUUAAAAAAGAAUUGCCGCUAAAAGCAUCUAUAACAUUUUAGAUACUAAUUAUGAUUCUAAAUAAAAUAAAUUAUUAUAUGUAUCUAAAUUUAUGUAGAUUUUAUCCUAAAAUUAAAAGAAAACUGAAAAGGGAAAUAAAUAUUAUGAUGUUUUGAAUUCACUUUUCAAAAAUAAAAUGAAAAAUGCUUUAAGCAAAGUUUUGAAGUUUAGUAAAUAAUAAUAUUUAAGUAAGUGUAAAAAAAGAAAAUUAAAAAAACAUUAUUUUAAAUUAUGGAGAAUAAAUAAGGCUGCUAUAACAUUUGAUAAAAUAUUAGGUAUGUCCUAUGAUAGAAAUGUAUCAUAUUAUUUUAACAAAAUCAAAACCUAAAAUUAAAAUUAAAAAGCUGAAUUGCAUUAUUAGAAUAAAUUAAAAUAUUAACUUAUUUAAUUUUUACAAUAAGUAAAGGAUACUACUGAUAAAAAAAUGGAAUUUUUAUCAUCUAAACAAAAUAAUAAUAUUGUUAAUGUAUGUUUUUAAACCUGGAUAAUUGAACUAUUAAAAAGAAAUAAUUAAAAAAAAUAAUUUAAGAAAAUCUUUAAAGGAUUUUAUUUAUAUCAUUAUAGAACUAUUGGAGCUGAGUUUAUUAAAUAACUAAAACUUGAGAAAAAAUUGUAAAUAUUUAUAGUUAUAUUUAGAUAAAUUAAAGGGGAAUAGGAAUCUUAACAAUCUUUGAUUUAUUCAGUUUUUAAGGGAUGGAAAAUGUUAGUUGAUGAAAGAAAAAUGUUAAAAAAAUAUCUAUAAUAAUGCUCUGUUGAAGAAAAAAGAGGGAAAAGUAUUCCAAAAAAUAUGCCAUAUUGA